AUGGCGGAAAGUCCAGCGGCUGAAGCGAUUAUUCUCCCCGGAGCUGCGUCAGGCGGCGGGGUCGUUCCUCACCUGAGCGGCCUCCAGGCCCCCGGGACGUCUCCUCUGAGCACCUCCUCAAUGUGGGACCCCUCGGCCAGUGCUGACUGGGAUAAUGAGAGAACUUCCACUCAGUGUCUGCUGAGAAUAAAGAGGGAUAUUAUGUCCAUUUACAAAGAGCCGCCCCCUGGUAUGUUUGUGGUGCCGGAUCCUCAUGACAUGACAAAGAUCUAUGCGCUCAUCACAGGCCCGUUUGACACCCCUUAUGAAGGUGGUUUCUUCUUGUUCCUGUUCCGCUGCCCCCCCGACUACCCCAUACACCCGCCUCGGGUUAAGCUCAUAACAACCGGGAACAAUACCGUGAGGUUAAACCCCAAUUUCUACCGCAAUGGCAAAGUGUGCCUGAGUAUUCUAGGAACUUGGACAGGACCUGCUUGGAGUCCAGCUCAGAGUCUGUCGUCCGUGCUCAUAUCGAUCCAGUCUCUCAUGACGGAGAAUCCGUAUCACAACGAGCCAGGCUUUGAGCAGGAGAGACACUCGGGGGACAGCAAGAACUACAAUGAGUGCAUUCGACAUGAGACCAUUCGGGUAGCGGUGUGUGAGAUGCUGGAGGGCAAGUGCCAGUGCCCUGAUGCAUUAAGGAGCGUUAUGGAAAAAUCAUUUAUGGAAUAUUAUGACUUUUAUGAAGCCGUUUGCAAAGACAGAUUUCACCUACAAGGGCAAAACAUGCAGGACCCAUUUGGGGAGAAGCGAGGCCAUUUUGACUACCAGUCUUUGCUGAGCCGCCUGCAGACCAUUCACCAGAGAGUGCGGGAGAAGCACCGGAGAGAGACUGUGGAUAUAGACUCUGAUUCGAGCUCCUCAGAGACAGAGACCGACACACAGGGAAGCUCAUACCCUUAAAUCCUACAGGAAUGUAAUUGUGCAGCGUUUGUUGUGACUGUUCUGUGAAGCCGAGUAUCAUGGAUUGUGAUUGACAAGAAAGGACCUCUUUGCCUUGGAUGCUGCACGGGUGCAGUGUCACGUAAUCACUCUAAUUACUAAGGAGACAACGGAGGGGGAAUGGAUUCCGAAAUCAUGGAGUUUGGAUUUCUCACCAGGGCAGCACUUUGUUACAAUGUGUGAUUCUUCUCUCUGCACAACAGUCGCCUAUUGGUCCCGACAAGCCAAAGAGUCUCGAACAGGAUCCAGUCAUGUGAUCUCAAGCACACGAGAAAUUUUUUUGACUUUGUUUUUUUACCCCACGGAAAAAAAAUGCACUUUGUCUUUUUUGCCCUCUGGGCUUUGUCUAUAUAAUUGUUCUAGGCUCCGAGUUAAAAGUCUUAACACCCCCACGCCCACCCACUAACAGCAAAGUCCCGUAAUAGAUGUUAAUUUAUGAAGAGCAAAUCUAAUCUGGAAAUAGAAAAAGGAUUCUGCACCUUUAAAUACUAUGCACCAAUUAUACCAGUUUUUUAAAAAAAAUAAAAAUCUCUUGGUGCUU